AUGGCUCAGAGCCAGACAAGCUUCUCAGAGCGCACCAACACACUCUUCUCCAUGGCAAAAGACCUCUCCCAGGAGGUCGGUGCCCACGUCACCGUCAUCGUGUUCUCCCCUACCGGUGAGCCCAAAGCCUACGGAGCACCCAUCGCCAACUCCAUCCUCCGCACCUACCUCCCUGAGAUCCAUAGCUCACCAUCUCCAGCUUGUUAUGAAACGGCGGAGGAGGCUGCCGCUAGGGUUGACGGAAUGAAGUGGGAGGUGGAGGAGACCGCUUUCCUAGCUGAGGCAGAAAGGGUGCGUCAGGCUGUCGCAUGGUCGAACAUCCUAACGGCUUAG